AUGGCUACCAGAGGAAGUGCUCCAUCGUUUCGUCCUUGGGACACUCUCCCUAACGAGGUUCUGCUCGAGAUAUUUCGUCUAAUACCAACGAGCUAUUCGAUAUCUGCACGACUACUGCAAAAAAUUGUGACCGUCUGGGGUGCUACGCUGAAACGACUCGAUCUCCUGACGACGCUCCAGAUACACCCAGACGACCUAGCUCUAUUCCUCACGCGGCUGAGCGCAUUGGAAGCAUGCGUCCUUACUGGGGUCGGUCAACCUUUUCGAUCCGAGGGAGAGAAAAUGUCCAUGGCAGACUUGGUGGUACAGUCCGACCGAGACUGCGCCGUGACAAUGCCACGAUUGCGAGCGCUUGCUCUCCUGCACUAUCCCAUGGGGGAUGACGACGAAUUUGAUGAAGAAUGCGGUUGGUAUGAUCAAUACGUCGACGGCAACCAGCUGGAUGCGGAAAACAUGUCUAUUGACAAUGCUCGCCUCCAAUAUCUGCCGGCUGCCCAUCUGAAUGGAUGGGUGAUACUGUGCCUCCGCGAGCUAUCUAUCACACUUCCUGUAGCCGCCUACCCCACGGCCGAAAUUGCCGAAACAUCACUGGAAAAACUGCUUCUCCCCCAGGCACCCCCAUCCGAAUGA